ACAACGUAAACUGAUAUUAUAAUCAGCUCUGCACCCAGACCUCCAGACAGCAACCCCUUCUACGAAACAUGGGUUAGAUGUUCAAAUUUGCAAAAGAGUUGGAGGAAAGCACGCAACAUGUUACGCUCACAAGUUCCUGAGUGUCUUGCAACUUGAGAUACUUCUAACAAAAGCGACCUGAAGCGGGGAAACAAUGAUGAACAAUACAUCCAUUGCAAUCUGUCUAAAUUCUACUUGGGAAAAUCAAUUCACUCUGUACGCCGUCAUCUAUGGGAUAAUAACCUUGCCCGGAAUAUUUGGCAAUAUGGUAGCCUUUGUCAUUUUAUUCAAAAACAUCAAAAGAGAAAAGAAAGCGGUGAUAUUCAUGUUAAAUCUGGUAGUUGCUGAUCUGGCACAUGCUCUGUCUUUGCCGCUGAGGAUUUUUUACUAUCUGAGUCACAAUUGGCCAUUUGGACAUUUUAUGUGCUUAUUUUGUUUCUACCUAAAAUACCUCAACAUGUACGCAAGUAUCUACUUCUUAGUGUGUAUCAGUAUCCAACGCUGUGUAUUUCUCCUCUACCCUUUCAAAUACAGAAGCUGGAAGCGCAGAUACGAUGUGGCAUUGAGUGCUGUUGGAUGGAUGACAGUUAUGCUAAUCUGCCUGACAUUCCCAAUCAUGAGAAAUAUUUCACCAUUCAACAGCUCACAAUGUUUUGCAGACCUUCCUACAAGGAAAAUUAAAUUUGAAACUUCCAUAGCUAUGCUAAUCAUCUCAGAGCUGAUGGGUUUUAUCCUACCGCUCAUCAUUAUUCUGACAUGUACCUGGAAAACUGUUCAGUCCUUAAAGAGUAAGCAAAAUGUUCCUCAUGACCAAAUUGGGAAAAAGGCUUUAAAGAUGGUACUGAUGUGUGCAACAGUUUUCCUCAUUUGCUUUGCUCCAUAUCACCUAUUCUUCGGUUUGAAUCUGCUGAAAUCAAACAUUACAGACUGCUCUCUUCGGAAGACAAUUAUCAUCAUGCAUUCAGUUACCCUGUGUCUAGCCAGCAUGAACUGCUGCCUGGACCCAAUCAUAUAUUAUUUUGUCACAGCUGAGUUCAGAGAGCAACUGUCAAGAACAGGAAGUUAUCUCUCUCGAAGUCGCCACUUAAGCAGCGAAAGCACCACAAGCCAUCGGUUGGAUUAUUAAACUUUUCCGAUCAACAGCCCUGAUUUGCCCUUUCCACCGCUUCACCUUUCAAAACCACAUACAUCUUACAAGAGCACAGACCUCCUUCCAAGCUACCAGAAACAAUGAAUAGAAAUGCCCUCAGAUCUUGUCAGUCAAAAAGUAAAAGUAGAGCUUCAAGGCAUUUUUAAGAACCAUGAAUCCAUUUUCUCUCCCAAUUUGGUGUAUUUCAACUCAACCUGAGCAACGGUAGCACUUGAUAAUGGAAAAUGUUCCAUUCUAACGCCUGUGCAUGACUGCAUCAAACAAUUUCUUUACUAUGCCCAGUAUCCUGGCCUCAACCAUCCUCCUGGUAACACAUUCCAGUCGUUUGUCUGAUAUCAGUGUAAAUGAAAUACUUCCUUGCGUCCCUUCUGAAAUUGCGUUAUACAACCUUUUGCAACUUUGAAUCUAUGCCCCCUUUUCUAUAUAAUUGUACUAUAAAGCUAGCAUGUUCUGCCUUCAACAAUAAAUGCUCAUUGUC